AUGCCAAAGGGGAGGCGGGCCAACCCCAGCACGGCACGGGAUGGUGUCUGGUUCAAGCAGUGUGGAAAUCUGCAAAUAUAUCCUGAAUCUCUUACAGCUUCUAUGCAAAAACAGAUAUUAAAUGUAGAAGCUAUUCAUCAAGUCAACAACAGAUUGCCAUUGAUGUACAAAGUUCGGGAGAAGAAACCAGUAAACACAUUUCCAUUUUCAGUCCAUGACAAUAGACAUUGCUUACUGAAUGUAGGAGAAUAUUUAGAUUCUGGGCUAGGACUAAAGAAAUUUCAACAAGACAAGUAUCACAACAUAUCGCAAAAUUACUUUUUUUUGGCCCAUGAACCCAUUCCAAGCAGUACUAGUCACCAUUCCAUUUAUCAAACCUCAUUUGUUCAGUAUCCAAAUACUGAGAAGCCUUUUCUGGGUCGAUUUCCCAAAAGCCACAUAAAUAGGUCCUUUGCUUUAAAUUCUGCACCUAAGAAUGAGUGCCUAUGGUUUUCAAAAUGCCAUUUAACUCUCACUGAUAGAAGCUCUGUUUCAGAGCCUGAGCAACUUUUACUAGCUGCUGAACAAGUGACAGAAUGUAAAAAGGAUACUAAAACACAUUCAUGUGAAGAAGAUACUAUGGCACAUUCCAGUCCAGAUUUACAAUAA